GUGCCAAACAGUGCACAAACGAACGAAAGAAAAGAAAAUAAAAUGUCAGUCUCGGUGAUGUAUAUUUUUUUGUUCUUCAUCCCAUAAAGACUCGAUUUUUAUAUGACGAUUGGAUGUCUGAUCACUAAUUGACUUCUUAUGCUGAUUGGAUCUCAUUUGACAGUUCUCAUUUUUUUUUUCUCUAGAAAUUGAUCUUCGAUUUGGAGAUGGUGGGAUUUUGAAAAAGGAAUUUGCUUCCAAGGGUAAUAAUGAGCAUGAGAAUAGCAGCACCUGGAAUUUGCGACAAAUUCGAAAAAUUAUGAUACAAGAUGAAGUCUUAAAGGUUGACGGGAAAAGAACCUAUUUGUGGGGAUUUGAGUACUUGAGCGUGUCGGAAAAGUCUGGUCAGGACUAUGAAUCAAAAGCCAAAAAAGAAGAAUUGCAGAAAUGAAGGUGAUGAUGGGGAUGAUACUGAGGAAAUGUCUUUAAAUUGUCUUACUCUUUAUGGCAGAGGAGGUUGCAAAGUGAGUGCUGAUAUGAGUGAAGUGUUUGGGGAUCCAUGCAUCAGAAGAAGGUCGAGUACAAUCAAAGAAGUGAAAAGGCGUGCAACCAUAUGUGGAACAGAUGAAGGAACUAUAGAUUGUUUUUCCUAUGGAAUGAAAGAGAAAUUUUGGAAGAGGAACAACAGAAAGCUUUUAGGAUGUGAAGAAAAACAACAAAAUAGUUGCAUGAACGUGCAUCUUCCGGAUGACAUUCUAGAAAUGUGCUUGGUGAGACUCCCAUUUGGAAGUCUCAUGAAUGCUCGUCUUGUUUGUAGGAAAUGGAAGAACUUGACCACAACCCCUCGAUUUAUGCAGAUGAGAGUAGAAGGCUUAUUCCGGAGUCCAUGGUUGUUUCUCUUUGGUGUUGUUAAAAAUGGUUAUUGUUCAGGGGAAAUACACGCAUUGGAUGUUUCCCUUAAGCAAUGGCACAAAAUAGAUGGUCAAAUUCUCAAGGGAAGGUUUUUAUUUUCUGUUGCUAGCAUUAGGGAUGAUGUUUACAUAGUCGGAGGUUGUUCUAGCUUGACUACUUUUGGAAAGGUGGAUAGGAACUCAUUCAAGACGCACAAAGGAGUUUUGGUCUUUAGCCCCUCGACUGCAUCGUGGAGUAGAGCUGCAUCCAUGAAGUACGCCAGAUCAUCACCUAUUUUAGGAAUUUCCGAGAUUAGUCCUGAUUGUUCAAUUGUCAGAGAUCAGCAAGAUCGUUCGGACAGACAUUUAAACAGGUCAAGGGUUGGUGGUGUAUCAGAUGUCUACGAGGAUCCUCACAGACUUUCACUUAGACGCCAAUCUAGACACGCUUUUGAUGAAAAUGAUAUUCCACCAUUUCCCAAUAUCAAGCCAAGGCAAAAAAAUGAAAAGUCAUGCCCCAAAUAUGGUAGAAAAUAUGUAUUGAUUGCUGUGGGAGGCCUUGGAUCUUGGGAUGAGCCAUUAGAUUCUGGGGAAAUAUAUGAUUCUGUAUUAAAUAAAUGGAUUGAAAUCCAGAGGCUACCUCUAAAUUUUGGGGUGGCUUGUUCUGGUGUUGUUUGUAAUGGGACGUUCUACGUUUACUCAGAGAGCGACAAGCUCGCUGGAUAUGACAUAGAGAGGGGAUACUGGGUUAGAAUUCAAACGACUCCAUGUCCACCUCGAGUUCACGAUUACUAUCCAAAACUUAUAUCCUGUAAAAGUCGGCUGUUCAUGCUAUCCGUCUCGUGGUGUGAGGGAGACGGUCGUAUAGGCAGGAGAAACAAAGCAGUUAGAAAGCUAUGGGAGCUUGAUCUUAUGUAUCUUACUUGGAAUGAAGUUUCGAUACAUCCAGAUGCCCCAAUGGACUGGAAUGCUGCAUUUGUUACUGAUGAAAACCUUAUAUUUGGGGUCGAGAUGUUCAAAAUAUUCGGACAGGUUUUGGAUUUCGUGACUAUGUGUGAUGUGACUGACACGGGUGCAACCUGGAGUCAUAUUUCGAGGAAUCAUAUUGCACGUGAACUGGACACCUCGUCAUGCAUGACAAAGUCAAUGGCAGCGCUGCAUUUGUAACUAAGACCUCCGACAUCUGCAACAUCGUGGCAAGACCGACCUUGAAUUCUUUAUGUAGAGUUUGUAACAUUUAUCUUUCUGGCUCUUGUAUUAAGGAUGUUUAUUUGGUCCUGCCGUAAUAUUUUUUGCGGGAAUAGAAAUAAGUUGUGGAUUUGAUUCACUGCAUAUUCGUUAGCAUGUGUUUUCUGUGUGUUGUUUACUGGAAUGCUUAAUCUUUCUUAUGGGGUACUGAAUUCUGAUUUCCAUUUUGAUUA